CCCGGCAGAAGGCCCAUGGAGCCUGGUGGGGCCACAGGCCACAGGGGACAAGGGCCAGACAGCCCGGCCAUGGCUCUGGGCCAUUGAUCCAGCCCAGGCUGGCUGGUGGGGGCAGGGAGACCUUGGCCUGGACAAACAGAGGCUCUGGGGCCUGCGUGCAGGCCCGGCACCCACCUGCCACUCCCAGAGGAUGCCCACGGCCGAGGCCCCCCAGGCAGCUGGCAGACAGGGCGAUGGAGGUGAUGGCGAGGAGGCAGAGCCGGAGGGGAUGUUCAAGGCCCCCAAGGACUCCAAGAGAAAAGCCCGGGACUACCUCCGCCUGGCGCCCCUGUGGCUGGCCCUUGUCGUGCUGGCUUCGGUGGGGGUCCUGCUCUGGUAUUUCCUAGGGUACAAGGCGGAGGUCACGGUCAGCCAGGUGUACUCGGGGAGCCUCCGCGUGCUCAAUCGCCACUUCUCCCAGGACCUCGCCCGCCGGGAGUCCAGUGCCUUCCGCAGUGAAACGGCCAAAGCCCAGAGGAUGCUCAAGGAGCUCAUUGCUAGCACCCGCCUGGGGCCUUACUACAACUCCAGCUCAGUCUAUUCGUUUGGGGAGGGGCCUCUUACCUGCUUCUUCUUUUUCAUCCUCCAAAUCCCCGAGCACCGCCGGCCGAUGCUGAGCCCCGAGGUGGUGCGGGCGUUGCUGGCGGAGGAGAUACAGUCCACGGCCAACGGCUCGGCCCCCGCCCCCUACAGGGCCGACUACGAGGUGGACCCCGAGGGCCUGGUGAUCCUGGAGGCCAGCGUGAAAGACAUAGUUGCCCUGAACGCCACGCUGGGCUGCUACCGCUACAGCUACGUGGGCCAGGGCCAGGUCCAACGGCUGAAGGGGCCCGACCACCUGGCCUCCAGCUGCCUGUGGCACCUGCAGGGCCCCAAGGAUCUCAUGCUCAAACUCCGGCUCGAGUGGACGCUGGCCGAGUGCCGGGACCGGCUGGCCAUGUACGACGUGGCCGGGCCCCUGGAGAGGAGGCUCAUCACCUCGGUCUACGGCUGCAGUCGCCAGGAGCCCGUGGUGGAAGUCCUGGCAUCCGGCGCCGUCAUGGCCGUGGUCUGGAAGAAAGGCCUGCACAGCUACUACGACCCCUUUGUACUCUCCGUGCAGCCUGUGGCCUUCCAGGCUUGCGAGGUGAACCUGACCCUGGAGGGCCGUCUGGAGCCGCAGGGCGUCCUCAGCACGCCUUACUUUCCCAGCUACUACUCGCCCAGCACCCACUGCUCCUGGCACCUCAUGGUGCCCUCCCUGGACUACGGCUUAGCCCUCUGGUUUGACGCCUACGCUCUGCGGAGGCAGAGGUAUGACCUGCCGUGCACCCAGGGACAGUGGACGAUCCAGAACCGGAGGCUGUGUGGCCUGCGCACCCUGCAGCCCUAUGCCGAGAGGAUCCCCGUGGUGGCCAGCGCCAGCAUCACCGUGAACUUCACCUCCCAGAUCCCACUCACCGGGCCCGGCGUGCAGGUGCACUACGGAUUAUACAACCAGUCAGAUCCCUGCCCUGGAGAGUUCCUCUGCUCUGUGAAUGGCCUGUGUGUGCCAGCCUGCGAUGGGGUCAAGGACUGCCCCAACGGCCUGGACGAGCGGAACUGCGUCUGCAGAGCCACAUUCCAGUGCCAAGAAGACAGCACGUGCAUCUCACUGUCCAGGAUCUGUGACCGGCAGCCUGACUGUCUCAACGGGAGUGAUGAGGAGCAGUGCCAGGGAGGUAGGGGUGGGGGGUGACCAGCUGUCCAGAGGAAAACCAAACAAUGGGCUUAGCCAGACAGCCCAGCCCUUCCCCAUGCUUCUUCAGCAAGGGCUUCUGCCUUCUUGUCCAAACACUUACCAACCCAUCUGUAUGGAUGCUGAUAUGUCCAUUCAUCCGUCCAACCAUCCAUCCACCCAUCUGUCCAACAACCUGCCUCCCAAUCCACUGAACCAUUAAUCUACUCAUCUAUGAGUUCACUGAACUACCUGUGUGUCCAUCAUUCCAUCCUCCGUCCACGUAUCUAUGAAUGCAUGUAUGCAUGCAUCCAACCAUUGGUCUCUUUACCUACCUAUUUGCCUAUUGGACCUUCCAUCCACUCAUUUAUCCAUCCUUCUAGCUGUUUGUCAGUCUCCCUACUGGACCAUCAAUCCACUCAUUUGUUGGUCUGCCCAGUCUCCUGUCUGUAUUCAUGUUUACCCAUCCAUCCAUCCAUGCACCCAUCCAUCUAGCCAUCUAUGCACCCAUCCAUCUAUCCAUCCAUGCAUCC